AUGCCCGUCAUAUCAAUCAACGGAAACCAUUUGGAUCCCCAAGAACAACUCCCAGUGCUUCGGGCUUUGCACCACGAGACCGAGGAUGCCAAAAAAUCGGACUAUAUCCUGGUGCAGUCAGUCGAGCCACUGUCAAGUGAGCAGGAGGACGAGAUCGAAGGGCUAGGCGUUGAUAUCCAACAAUAUGUGUCUAAGAACACCUAUCUCUGCGGCUAUAAGGGCACCGACCUCGAACCCAUCCGCCGUCUCCCAUAUAUAUCCUGGGUCAACGUCUACCUGAGACAUGACGUCGAUCCUAGGUCUGCACGUGUCACCUCGGAAAUUGCUGCAGCCGCGCACGCCGACCCUGACACAUUGGAUGUUGGCGGUUCAAAGAUUCGAAUCAAUGUCCAAAAUCAAUACUUGGAAGGACUGGCCACCCUUGACUCUGUCAAGAGCAUCCAGGCAGUUUAUCCAGCGCGACUGUUCAACAAUCGAGCGAUCGAAAUUCUCGAGUCCCCUUUCCGCGCCAAUGGUAUUCAGUACCAAGGCGAAGGACAGGUGGUAGCUGUUGCAGAUACAGGGUUCGAUAAAGGCUCUACUACUGACACCCAUCCUGCCUUCCUGAACCGAGUUAAGCAUCUUUAUGACUUAGGGCGUCCUGGAAAGUCAGAUGAUCCAGACGGCCAUGGAACGCAUGUUUGUGGAUCUGUCCUUGGAGACGGGUUUUCUUCGACGAUGGGAGGAAGGAUCAUGGGCACCGCGCCGAAGGCUAACCUGGUGGUCCAAUCUCUUCUUGGCCCAAGUAACAAUCUGGGUGGAAUCCCAGCCGACUUUAAUCGGCUCUUUUCCCCUCCAUAUGAAAAAUACGGCGCUCGAGUCCAUACCAACUCAUGGGGGUCUUCUGCCUACAGGCAAUUGCCGUAUAAUACCUCGAGUGAGGAAAUUGACCAGUUUGUCUGGGAUCACCAGGACAUGGUGAUACUAUUCGCUGCCGGAAAUGAUGGAAUCGAUGCGGAUAGGAAUGGUGUCAUUGAUCCAAAACAGAUCGGAGCUGAGGCAGCUGCGAAGAACUGCAUCACUGUUGGAGCAAGCGAGAAUAAUCGUCCGGAUAUCCCCAUCACUUAUGGUCGCCGAUGGCCAAGCGGUCCGAUUGCCAACGAUCUAAUGGCAGAUAGUCCAGGAGGCCUGGCAGCCUUCAGCAGCCGUGGACCUACCGUGGAAUCUCGUAUUAAACCAGACGUUGUGGCACCGGGAACCGCGAUAUUAUCCGCCCGGUCCAGACAUCUGGUUAACGCUGAGGCCAGCUAUGGUACAAGUCAGGAUCCUGAGUGGUGGUUCCUAGCCGGCACUAGCAUGGCGACUCCUCUAGUGGCUGGAUGUGUUGCUGUCCUGAGAGAAACUCUCAUCAAGAAUGGAGAACAGGAGCCAAGUGCAGCUCUUCUCAAAGCAUUGCUGAUCAACGGAGCAAUUGAACUACCUGGGCAGUACGUUCCAAGCGAAUCUGGUCCAUCUCCGAACGGUAAUAGCGGAUUCGGUCGAGUCAAUUUGUCUAAGUCCGUGAUCUUGCCAAACCAAGCCGAUUGUGGAUACCGUGAGGGAGGACCACUCGCGCAAAGUGCGAGCGAGGAGACCGUGAUAGACAUCCCGGAUCAGGGUAAUCUUUUGAGGUCCCAAGGAAGAUCAGCGAGCACAACUACGCUCGGCGGCCCAGUACUGAAGGUGUCCUUGGUCUGGACAGAUUACCCAGGGGCAUACCUUCAAAAUGACCUGGACCUUAUUGUGGUUAGUUCAGAUGGUACCGAAAAACAUGGCAACAUGGGCGACAAGCCUGGUUUUGAUCGGACCAAUAAUGUGGAACAAGUUGAGUGGAGGGAUAUUCCUUAUGGGACUGUCAAAAUCUUCGUACGUGCGUACCAUAUCCUCAAACGGGCGUAUCCCCAGCCCUACGCACUCGUAUGGAGCAUCAAUCGCCCGUCCAAGUAG